AUGGGUCGUUCAGUUGUGCUUAUGAGAAGUGAUGUGGUUUUAGGAGGACGGAGAGAUGGAUUGAAUGUCAGAUGGAAGGUAAAUAGAUUUUCAAUGUGCAACAGUUUUCAACUUUACUCAUACAAAGGUGCUUCUAAUAACGGCAGUUCUGCUCAUUCUACCAGUCACUUGUAUUCUGCUGUCAUCAUACGGACUCUAUUUAAUUUAGAAUUACAACAGCGUGCUUAA